CACUUUCUCAAACCAGUUAAAAGAAACAAAGCGUGUGACUGCAGGGUAGAAAUCUGUUUGGUGUCAAUCACGGGCAUAUUUCAUUGCGUCAAACCGCAUGUUUUGGUGAGUGAUAGGGAGUGGUUUCUGCAAGCCAAAUAACUCCUUGAACUCGGGAAGCAGUUCUGGGCACGUACAACGAAAGAACGGCGUGAAGUCGUAUCAAGCAAACGACGCCAGUGCACGAAUGUUGACGUCUCAUUCAAAAGAGCUACAAGACCCCGUCGGAGUGAACGCUGUCUGCACAAUAUGAUGACGCAAAAGUAAGCAAGACUGUCUGGACUGACAAAUGAUUUUCAAGUGGAACUAAUCCUUCUUGCAUUGUGAUCACAAGAAGGUCAUACGAAACGUUUGGAGAUAUUGCACAAAAGCAUCGGUAAUCAUGCUCUCCCCCACCAAAGAUGACGUUUUUGCAUACGCCCUUUCCAAGACCUUGACCAAAGUUUCAUCCCCCGCAACUGUCGGACUAUACUCGUCAUGUCAGAGUCGAAUUAGAAGAAUCCUUGGGAAAAUGGAAGUGUACAUGUCGCAGGAAGCUUUGAGGAUCGAAGAGAACUACAAAGGAAAAUCCCGGCCUCGCCCAGUUCAACCUUCGCUUUGUGGCAUGUUGGAGCUCAUUUGGCGAAUGCUGUUCCACAAGCCCAUUUGGACCAAAGAGAAUCAAGACCAUCACAACGUCCGCUUCAUUUUUGUCAACUUCAGUGCCUGGCACUUUGCGGGCAGCGACCUGCUGUGGGCCGGUCUUGCCAUACGACUCUUUCAAGCAGUGCAAAUCCAUUUUGGGAAGUUACAGCUGGCAUUGUACCGGGUGGCCCAAUAUCAUGUCGAGGAUGAAAUCAAAAAGAAGAUAGUGGUGGCCGGUCCGCAUAACUGGAGGUUCAAGAAGAUGUGUUGCUGCCCUCUGUUUGUUCUCAUCCUUUUCGGUCUCUCGGUAUACUUGGUAUUCGUCGUCCUUUUGUCAUCCGGACUUCUAAAAGACGCAGAGGAACCGAGCGCCGAGGCGAAUGGAACCACAAGCCACGUUAGCGUGUGGGAAGGCCUGAUCAUCGCUUCGUUUGGCGUUCCGGCCGCCAACGUCCUGAAGUUUACCUUCCUGAUGAUCAAGAACCUCCUUUUCAAUCAGGAGCGCAACAUCAAGAAAGGCAUGGACGCCGAGCAGGUCAGCAGCAAGCUGGGCUUCAUGAAUCAAGUCCGGAAAGAGAUGUGGCUCCUAUCUCGCUUUGUCGAGUUCAUGGAGGUGUUUGAGAGGAGAAGAAUCAGAGUGGUCUUAAAGAUCACCAAUUUGGACCGCUGCUCCCCGCCCAAAAUUGUCGCCGUUUUGGAUGCGAUCAACAUCCUGCUGUCGGACGAGGACAGUCCGUUCGUUUCGAUUCUGGCAGUGGACCCGGACGUUAUCGUACAGAAGGUCAACUUUGCCGAUGGCUGCUUUUGUAAAGAAGAACGGGCGUAUGCGCUGUUGCGGCGAAUUGUCACUCUGGCCUUCGCCGUCCCGCCCCUCGGUGACGAUUCGAAGCUGCGUUUAUUUCGCAGCUUGGCCGACGGUUCGAAAAAUCUCGAAGACAAGCGCCAAACUGGAGCUUUUGAAAGGAACUCUUUUGCUAAUGCAUCUUCGGUCGUCCUAUUCGAGACAAAUGAAGCAAUUCCACUGACGGGUAAAAGCGAGAUUGAUAUAAAAGACGCGGACGUCGAAAAUUGGGUCAAGAGGACGCUUGAGGCCAACGAAAGGAAGUUAAGGCAGUACAUCUUAGACGACUCCAUGUCCAUGAGGAGAGUGAUCAACUCUAUUCGAGUGACGGUGAUCAUCACGAGGGCUUUAAAGGCCGAGCUCCCUCAACCCGAUCUCAUCGCCGCCUGGGUGGUCCUGGCCAAUCGCUGGCCCUGUCGCCUCAGUUGGAUUCUCCAGUGCGCCGAAGACGCUCAGCAGAGGAAUGAAAUCGAUCAGAACGUGGAGGUCGAAAGCGCCGAUUCCGAGAGCUUGUGGAAGGUUUUCAGCCAAUCGAGAGCGGAGCUUUACGUGAUGCGCUCUCAGAUUGAAGACCUACUCGACCAGGAUGGAGACCCGGAGAUGUUUGAGAGAUUUCUCAAGGUCGACUUCCACUUCACAAUGAAGGAUCUGAAGGCGCUCAGCCAGGUCACGGUGGACCUCAAUCCCUCGAUGAAGAGAGAGUUGGCUGAGAUCCGAGGAACAUCCCGGCUGAAGGAUUCCGGUUGGGUGAGGACCUUUGCUCCUUUGCCAAUCGCAGCCAUCAUCAAUAUGGAUUCAGAGGAUAUUUGUAAAGAGCUGGAAUAUAUGAAAUAUCCCAGAAAGUAUGCUGAGAUUGUAAAAAGCAAUCACAUCACUGGCUCAUCUCUGGUAUUUGGUGACCCCGAUGAUAUUAAAACACUCCUCGACAUGACCUUUGGAGAAUGGACGACUUUCCGACUUCGCUUCCUGGGUUUUCCACUCCAUCUUCAACCGCAAUAUAAGAAUGUGCAUCCCCCUCAGAGACACCUGUCGAGACUUCACCUACAUGGUUCUCCUCAUUCCUCAUCAAAUCCGCACUUGGCUAAUAGCUAGGAAUCCAGCACAGAUUCCCCUAAAAUAUUGCUCAACGUUUAUCUAAUAGAUUAUGGUGUGUGUGUGUGUGUGUGUGUGUGCGUGCGUGUAGCAUGGUGAUAAGAAUCGCGAUUAUGCUACCCAGUCAGUUUUGAUACCUCAUUUCCUGUUUUCAAAUCAUGACAAAGACUUUGUGCUCAACUUGAUACCAAAACCCCGUGAAAUGCUUCCUCUCCACCUUGGUGAGCUGAAGAAAUGUGUUGAAAGGUUUUGGUUUGUCAGUGUUCAAUCAUUGAGGCAAAAAUACAUGCCGUGUGUAGCUUAUCAUUUGAUAUGAACUGCACUGGACUGAAUAGCACAAGGUGUGCACUGACUGAUGAAGAUGAAAGCAAAUACGAGCAGUGUGUGCGGUAAAAUGUAAAUGCAGUGCGUACAUUUUCAAUGCAAGCAGAAUCUAUCCACUGAUACUGUACGACACAGGUCGGAAAAUGGAAAAUCGGACCCUGAAUAAAUGAUGCUGACACAAA